AUGAUUGCAGAUAGGUCAGCGAGGACAAGGAAGGUUGUUGGAUUGGCCCGCCAACUGCCUCCACCCCCUCACCACCACCGCCCCGGUGUCAAAGUCUUCGAAGACUUGGCCGAUGACCCAGAGGUCACCAUCGAAGGUGGCGACGUGCUGGUAGCUGACAGGGAGACAGUCCUGGUCGGCGUUUCGCAGCGAACCAACGAGAAGGGCGCGGAGAAGCUUGCACAGUUCCUCUUCUCCCAGACGCCUGUAAAGCGGGUGGUGAAG